AUGCAACCUUCUCUCCGCCCAUCCUGGCUUAGACAAAUCGCUCUUCUUCCAUGGCUGCCCCGAACCGCUCCGCAGAACUUCGUCCCUCGUCGGAUUGCAACAACCUCCGCUGCUAAUCCUGCGCCUGUCGACAUUCCCAAGCUCACAAUCACGCCGGGCUCUGCGCGCCACAACUGUCUACUUUCGUUUCUCGAAUAUGCUAAACGAACCAAUCUCACACCGGAACAGACGCACUAUAUCGGCAUGCACUAUGAGUAUACGACGGCAUUGGCGUUGAUACGCCUCGGUUUCUCGCUUCUACGCGUAGGCGGGAAAGACGAUGCUGGCAUCGACCUUAUUGGCCAUUGGGUCCUCGCACCCCUACGCGAACCGCUACCAGUCAUCAUCCAGUGCAAGGCGCGCAAGAUGUCGCUAAGUCCUAGGCAUAUUCGCGAGCUGGAGGGAUCCUUCCAAGGCAUACCGCCUGACUGGAGGAAGAAAGAGGUGCUUGGGCUGCUAGUCACAACGAAGAAGGCAACGAAUGGAGUGAUGAAAGCUUUGGGGCAGAGUAGGUGGCCUAUGGGUUUCGUCCUGAUCUCAAAAGACGGAAAGAUUCAGCAGUUUGUGUGGAAUCGUGCUGCUGCGGAAAAGGGGCUGGAGGGCGUGGGCGUGACUGUGAGGUAUACACCGCAAGCUUUGGUGACUGAGGCCGAAAUAGUGGUUAAAGAAGAGGAGAUAGAAGAGGGCAAAACUCUGGCGAAGGGCACGAAAAAAGGGUUGGCCAGAUCAAAGUCCCCUGGGACUCAAAAGGACAUUCAGAUGACAUGGAUGGGGUCUCCGAUCUUCCCAGACAGGACUAACCUCGACCAGGAGAAGGUCAAAUUGAUGAGCUUGAUUGAACCAUGUGCCGACAUCAGCACUGCCGCAUACAAGUUUAAAGAUGUCAAGCUCAAGUCGGGUAGACCUAGAAUCGCCGAUAAGCCACCCUCUCCCCGUGGUGGCACAGUUGGUGGGAAGCGAGGGCGGCCGAAGGGUUCUAAGACGACCAAUAAAUCAUCAUCCGUCGUUUCUCCCCGCGGUGAACAGAUCCCCACGACACACUCUACGAAAACCAAAACGCGUGGGCGGCCCAAAGGCUCGAAGAACAAGCCCAAGCCCGUUGUUGACGACGCAGGUUGA